AUGGCUCAUUGGGUGGCCGCCUUCCCGGUUAGAGUCUCCCUCAACGGGAGCGAGUUCAUCGAGGAGUUACGUCAAUACAACAGCCCUGAUGAUGUUGUGGAGGGCACAGCAAAGAUGAUCCAGAUCACGGCUGGGUGGUUGCCUUUUCUUAAUAGGGUGAUGGGAGCCGAGAUGGAGAACCCGCACGAGACUGGCAGAACACAUACGCGUACUGAUAAGCUAGUUAACUUAGGGAUGAAGAAUACUUCUUUUGGGGAUGGGCCUGGGGCGGGGAAUUCCGGACCGGGGUUGGAUUUUGACAAGAAGGGGGAUUUUGAAGCAACUGAAGACUUUGGACUGUUCAGCAGCAGGGCACUUUUUGAGAAGGUUUUCAGCGGGGUGUCUGGGGAUGGGCUUGCGAGGAUGCAGUCACAUGGGCAUAGCCAAUUGACGAUUGCGUCAAACGAGACAGCCACUGUCAUGACACAUUUGGAUGUGCAAUCUGGUCCUUUGGCGGGGAAUAUGGUUGUUGAUUGGUCUAGUGGCAGGGGCGUCACGAGAUUGGGAGAACAUAAGGAGUUUUAUGGGAGUACUGAUUUCACCUAG